AGCUAAUUUUGACAUUUGCGACCAUUUUGUUUAAACUAUUGUGACAUAGCUUCAAUUCAGCCAUGUGUUUGUGAUUUUUCCUCUUUGCUUAUUUUGAAGUCGAUAUUUAAACUGGAAUAUUAUGUAAACACCAUCUGAAUUCUAAUUUCCUUAUUUUUUGUACCCGGAUUCUUUUUGCAAAUUGUGAUGAACUUCAAGUUCUUAAUAGCAUGGUCCAGCGUAUGGCUACCUUUAACUAUAGGACAAGGAUGUCCAUACAGCAGAACAGUUGUACCAGGGGAUGCUAAGAGGUAUAUAGAAAUGGUACAUAAUAUUGCACAUGAACGACAUUGCGCUCCAGGGACUGAAUUUGAUCCAGCAUCUUGUGAAUGUUCUCUGCUAUCUUCUAUACCAUGGUCAACAGGGCUGGCAUUCAUUGACGGAUUAACAACGGCAUACCCGGAGCUUGCAAACAUGCCUCUGGAUGUCCUUCAAAAAGAACUUUUAUAUCUUACAUCACAAAAUAUGUUUCCUCUGAAUGCACAAUCUGUCCCAUCUUCAUUUGAAAAGACCACAGGAUUGAACAAUCAAGGGCAACAGCAAACUGAUAUAUUUUCCCCGUCAUCUGUCAAUACUCAGCAAAUUUUGGAGCUUUUUCAGAAUGUAAGACCAGAAGAUAUCCCAAAUGAUGUCUUAAAUGAGUUAGAUCGCCUAUUGUUAUUGGAAAAUGGUCUUCCUGGAUCAAACAUUUUUCAAACGCAGAACGCAUUUUCACAAUUGCCGAGCAGACAUAAUAACGAGAGAAAGUUCAGUGAAGGAACACACAAUGAACAUAUGGUUGGAGCAUUUAGGGAUAUGCAUACACAAAAUAAGUUACAAAACGAAGGAAGGCAUUCUCAAAACCCUCCUCUAUCAAUGAUCAUGACACCCACACCUACAACCCAGUCUAAGGUUAAUUUUCAAGAAAUUAAAGAUUUAAUUGAAUCUUUUCAGAAUCUUAUGACAACACCUACAUUGAAAUCAAAUAUCAUAACGCCUGUUUCGCAACCACAUAGCACCCAAAAGCCAACAAUACAAAAGCAAAGUGCUUUAGAUAAUUUCCAAUCAAUAGCAAGUUCAAUUUUAAAAGCUUUUCCUACAACAAAAUCAACUACAACCAGACCUUCUGCACUAGGUAAUCCGAUUGCUUCUCCGCCAAUGUCACCACACACAUACCCCCCAUCAUCACGAGCUAAAACGAACACAAAAAAUAUUCACCGGACAAGAAACCCAUUGAGGCAAAAUGUGCAAUCUCAAAUAUCAAAUAACCCUGAUAAACAUCUAAGGUCGAUAUCACAACCAAUAACACCAAGAAAGACACAGAAACUUUCUCAAGCACAAUCUCUUGUAAAACAACAGCAAAUCCAACACGUCGUUAAACUACCAACAAAACAGAGGAUGAAAGAACAAGUGUUCAUACCAUCACACUGGAUAUACAGGGGAACAGCAGAUGGCACAAUAAUUAAACCUGCUGUUUAUAAUCAUUUGGAUUCAAAAGCAGAAAACAUGAACAGUGUCCAAUCCAGCACGAAUAUCAAAAGCUCAUUUCAAGUAAAUCACUUAUCAUCUCUUCAAAAAUUUACCACUCCAGUCAUACAGCCUAUCAAUCUGUCUAAGAGUAAUCUACCAAAAUCUGAUAUGAAAAUACACACAACACCUGCACCUACAACACCUGCACCUACAACACCAAUACGUAAGUCUCCUUCUGACGACAAAACACCAAAACCAGAGGCCGAAAUGUCAGCCACAAAAUUACUUAAAUUGAUAAAAAAGAAAUUAAAGCAAGCUAAGAAAACAGGUAACAUUCCCUUUUCCCUUCUUAAAAUAUUGCUCGAAAAAAGAAAAAUGCUGAUACAAAAAUUAAAAGAGGAAAGAAGAAUGAAAAUGAAAGAUAAGUUACAGAACAAGUCCAAAAGAAAAGAAUUACACGAAACAAUAGACAAACAAGAUAAACUGACGGUUAAUUCUAAACCAGUAUAUGUAACUAAGUCCCCGGUAGUGCACAAACAAGAUACAGUGACGGUUAAGUCUAAACCAGUAAAUGUAUCUAAGUCCCCGGUAGUGCUUGAAGAAAAAAAAGAACAACCGGAAAUUAUAUCCACAUCUGAAAAUGGCACUUCGAAGGGUAAAAAUCAAAUAAAUAUAUCGUUCAAACAGGGAAAUGAAACAAUUUCAUUAAAACAAAAACACAUAACAAUUCGUGACCCAGAGACUCCACAGAGUAGUACAAAAAGCUAUAAAAAUCAACAAACAGUUCAAAAUGUUAUUACGAUUUCUUCAUUUUCUUCAGGGGCAUCUCUACCAUUAAUACAUGGAACUGAUUAUAAAAGACCCAAAAGCAAACGCAGAAAGUCCAAAACAGCAGAGUUCAGUUACAAACCUGGUCAAAAUGGAAUAGCUUCCCCGAGUUUCGAUUUGUUAAGUUUAUUAUCGCAAAAACCUCUGUUGGGUUUGUUUCCUAGUAGGCAAGUGGACACUCCAGUAGAAAAGUCAACACCACAGUUACGGGGAUUAAGUCAAACAAUACCGAAUGCCAUUCCUAAGCUUGAUGUAUAUUCUGAAAAGUCUAAUAUUAAAUCUCAAUUGUUGGAUCCAAAAAUAAAAUCUCGUCAGUCAAAACCACAGCUGAAUACUCCAUUACUUGAACAGGAUUUGGCAACGAUAACCGCAUUCUUAAGAGAAAGAAAUGCACUACAAAGUGUCAACCCAAGAACUGUCAGAAAUUCGUUUGUAUCGGCAUCAAAUCCGACCCCUAUAACAAAGACAGCAAAAAAAACCCAUGUGAGGACUUUAACAUUGCCGACAGAAGAACCAAAACCUCCUGUUCAAUUAUCACAACCAGUGUCUACACAAUCUAAUUUAAAAAGUGGAAAUAAACAUCAGGCAAGAAGUUUGCAAACUCGUUCUAGUGUAGAUGAACAAAAACGAGUAAUUCUUCAAAAGUUAUUGAAGAGACUAUCAGCAUUACAAGCUCAAAGUUCAAACAGUGGGAAUGGUGUUUCUAUAAACGGACAAAGUGUUGAUAACAAUAGACAAAGUGCUACUUACAACGGACAAAGUGUUAAUAACAACGGACAAAGUGUUAAUAACAAUGGAAUGUACGUGCAAAACUCUAAUAGUCAAUUCAAUGGUAUCCAAAUGUCAACUUUAAGGCGAAACCCAUCAACAGCUGGAGAAGCGUCCUCUAAAACAUCGCCAUACAAUAUGAUGUUUAGAAGUAUUGCCAUGAAGGAAGGAGCCAGUGACGCCCAAGAAAUAAUGCAGGAUAGGAUGACUGAAAUGGGUGGUGCAGGUGCGUUGUCAAUGGGUAUGCCGAUAACGGCAAUGAAUUCAGAAGUAAGAUCUCAGCUAGGAUCCACACUUUUCGAAAAUAGUCCAAUGGCUUUUUUAUUGUAAUUAUUGUAAUUAUUGUAGUUGAUUGGAAUUUAUUUUAAGUACAUGUAUAUUCUGUAUUCUCAUAUCAUUAUCUCGUUUUUAUAAAUAUAAAAAAAUCCAAACAAAAGACAAUCCUUUCAUUUCGAAGAUAAAAUAACAUACAAAAACGAGCUCAUUUGUUGAUUCAGCACGACUUAGAGCAUGACAUAGCGUAUAGGCCUGAUCUCUUUACCCAUAUGUAAAAUCUAUUACGUUUGAACGACUUUCUUUUUAUUUCAAGCUACUUGUUUUUUGACAAUUCGUGUAUGUUCUUUAUAUACUGACAGCUACCUAAAGGUCAACAUCAAUAAGCAAUUACUCUGAUCUGCUUUUGGUGAUUUAUUCUGUUUUAUUUAACUAUAUAAUGACACUCAAUGAAAUGUCGUGUAGUUCAAUAAAAAUCUCAUCGAUGGUA